UUCACAGUAAGGUUAACUCUCAUUCUCUGAAGAUAGAUUUUGAAUAAAGAGAAGAUGGAGAUUGAAGAACAGAAGAAGUUCUUCCAUGGAACACUCGAGAUUACAAUCUUCGAUGCAACACCUUUUUCUCCUCCGUUUCCUUUCAAUUGUAUAUGUACAAAGCCAAAAUCUGCUUACGUGACCAUCAAGAUAAACAAGAAGAAAGUUGCUAAAACAAGCUCAGAAUACGACCGUGUCUGGAAUCAGACUUUUCAGGUCCUCUGCGCACACCCGGUUUCUGACACGACCAUCACCAUCACGCUCAAGACUCGAUGUUCUGUUCUUGGAAGAUUCCAUAUCUCUGCAGAACAGAUCCUGACUUCUAAUUCAGCGGUUAUUAACGACUUCUUCCCUCUGACUGCAGACCAUGGGUCAAAGAAACGUAAUUUGAAGCUAAAGUGUCUGAUGUGGUUCAGACCGGCUUAUAUUGAACCGGGAUGGUGCAAAACGCUUGAAGGAGAGUCUUUUGAAGGUAUUAUGAAUGCGAGCUUCCCUCAGAGAACGAACUGUAGAGUGGAAUUCUAUCAAGAUGCGCACCACAAGGGCACGUUUGAUCCUAGGGUUCAUGAUGUUCCUUUAAAUGCAAGAAAUUUAUGGGAAGAUGUAUACAAAGCAAUCGAAAGCGCCAGGCACUUGGUUUACAUCGCAGGAUGGGCAUUAAACCCUAAUCUUGUUCUAGUACGUGAUGAUGAGACUGAGAUUCCGCAUGCUGUUGGAGUAACAAUUGGCGAGCUUCUGAAACGGAAAGCAGAGGAAGGCGUAGCUGUGAGAGUAAUGUUGUGGAACGAUGAGACGUCUUUACCGAUGAUCAAGAACAAAGGUGUAAUGCGAACAAACGCCGAAACAGCCCUUGCUUACUUCAAAAACACAAAUGUUGUUUGUAGAUUGUGUCCAAGAUCGCACAAAAAGCUCCCCACAGCGUUUGCGCACCACCAAAAGACAAUCACAUUGGAUACACGUGUUACAAACUCAAGUACUACGGAGCGAGAGAUCAUGAGCUUCCUUGGUGGGUUUGAUCUUUGCGAUGGUCGGUAUGAUACAGAGGAGCAUUCUCUGUUUUGUACUCUUGGAAUGGAGGCUGAUUUUUACCAGACAAGUGUAGCCGGAGCAAAUCUAAGUAAAGGCGGACCAAGAGAGCCAUGGCACGAUUGCCAUGUGUCUGUGGUCGGAGGAGCGGCUUGGGAUGUUCUGAAGAACUUCGAACAGAGAUGGACAAAACAGUGUAACCCUUCAGUGUUGGUUAACACAUCAGGGAUCAGAAACUUGGUAAACCUAACCGGACAUACGGAGGAAAAUAAUCGGAAAUGGAAUGUUCAAGUUCUAAGAUCGAUAGAUCACAUAUCGGCAACAGAGAUGCCAAGAGGUUUACAGGUAGAGAAGAGUGUACACGAUGGCUAUGUUGCGGCAAUUCGGAAGGCUGAGAGGUUUAUAUACAUUGAGAAUCAGUAUUUCAUGGGAAGCUGUGAUCAUUGGGAAAGCAAGAGCGAUAGCGGAUGCACAAACUUGAUACCUGUUGAAAUAGCGUUAAAGAUAGCAGCUAAGAUACGCGCAAGGGAGAGAUUUGCAGUGUACAUAGUGAUACCAAUGUGGCCAGAAGGGCCACCCGAGAGUGAAACAGUUGAAGAAAUACUUCAUUGGACGAGAGAGACGAUGUCGAUGAUGUAUCGGAUCAUUGGAGAGGCUAUAUGGGAAAUUGGAGACGGAUCACAUCCGAGGGAUUAUUUAAAUUUCUUUUGUCUUGCAAACAGAGAAGAGAAGAGAGAUGGAGAGUUUGAAGCAGUUUCGUUGCCCCAUCAGAAAACAAAUUAUUGGAAUGCGCAGAGAAAUCGGAGAUUCAUGGUCUAUGUCCACUCCAAGCUCAUGAUAGUGGACGAUACAUACGUUUUGAUGGGAUCAGCCAAUAUUAAUCAGAGAUCAAUGGACGGUUGUCGGGACACCGAGAUUGCAAUAGGUUGCUACCAAACCGAUACAAACAACACCAACGAAAUCCGAGCUUACAGGUUAUCGCUCUGGUAUGAGCAUACCGGUGGCCAGAUCACGGUGGAUGACUUAUCAUUGUCAGAGCCAGAGAGUCUUGAAUGUGUCCAAGGGUUACGGACAGUAGCAGAGCAAAUGUGGGAGAUUUACAGUGGAGACAAGGUUGUGGACAUGCUCGGCAUUCAUUUGGUCGCGUAUCCAAUUAGUGUGAGAAGAGAUGGUGCAAUUGAGGAAGUUGGAGACGGUUUAUUUCCUGAUACCAAGACGUUGGUGAAAGGAAAAAGGUCCAAGAUGUUUCCUCCUGUUCUCACCACCUGA